AUGAUCAAGAAACAGGCGCUGUCGGACUUGUACGACGACCAAGUCCACAUCGGUGGACGCUGUGACUUAUGCUGGAGUUCAACCUCCAGCACGAUCAACAAUCACUCGAUAACCCGAUCUAGCAACAAGAAGGAGGGCAACGAGGACCGUUCACCCUUCACGCAUGGACAUAGGGACGGACGCAAAGGACAAGGCAGAGAAACCAGUCUAGCGUCGACCAGCGCGAGGAACGACGAGGAAGGCGACGGAGGGGCGGCUAGGAAGGGCAGGGCGUUCAAACGACUAGACCUCCGACAUCGUGGUGCGCAAGGCCGCAACGGCGCGCCUCGAUAUGAUCUCGCAUCAUGCCCCAUCUCGGCAAUUCUGGGGAAGAGCCUGCUCCCGACGCAGCUCAAUCCACAAACUGCCGCCGACGACAGCUUGAGGGCCACAGGAGGUCCCUCAACGUCCCUCAAUCCAAUGCGGCGACGAGAACAGCGGUUGCGAAGCAUGGAUAUCGCAACGAUGGUGCGAUGGGCGUGCUAG